GUGUUUUUUGGAUAUCUCCAACACAGCAAAAUUUGUACCAGCAAUUUCAUAACGUUGUUUUAAAUGAUAAUACGUGUAAAACUAAUAAGUAUAAUAUGUAUUUAAGUGUAUUUAUGAUAAGAGAUAAUUCUAGAAGGUUUAGAAAUAUGAUGAAUACAUUAGUAGAAGAUGAAUUAGCAUCAAUAUAUAAAUGGAUUUUGCAACGUUUAAUGAUGAUGACUGAUAAUCUUGCUAGAGCUUUUACAUUAUUUCAGUUUAAUGCAGGUAUACAAAGUACUCAAAGUAUAAAGUCAUUUAAUAGUAUUAUAAAAAAGGCUUUAAAUAGUGCUAGUACACUUUGUGAUAUUGAAAAAAUAAUUAAUAAAAGACAUGAAGAUAAAUCUCAGUAUUGUUCAUUAGUUUCCUUUCCUAUUGAGAUUUCAGAAUCAGAAACUAUUAAUGACAAUUUCAUAGAGGAUGUAUUGGAUAAACCACAAGCAACUUUGCAAUCUUUAUUGAGUAAUGACCUUUUACGUAAAGAGAAUUUGGUAAUACUAUUUGUUGAUAGAACUCAUAUUUGUACUUGUAUAGAAACUAUUACAAAAGGCAUAAUUUAUAGUAUUCACACUAAAUUAGAUUUUAAUAUUAAAAGUUUCCUCGUUCUUGUUGUAUUAGAAUUAACUCCCAAUAGUUCUUUUCAAGUGAACUUUGUUUUUCAAAGUAUAUCUGGUUUUGAUAAACCUGAUUGUAAUAAAGUUGAUCACAAAUAUAUUUCACAGAGAAAUCGAUAUAGAAUUGCCUUUUCAACUGCCAAGGUUGCUAUUAAUGUUGCUUUAGAAACCAAUAAAGAUGCUGAAUUAGUUCAACUACUGAAAGAUUUUAUCACAGCAAAUCAAAAGGAACAUAAUACUAAAGAAACUGAAGAAACUAAAGAAAUUAAUAGUGUAGAGAAUAAUAAUUCUAACCAAGAUCAGAAAACUAGCGAAGUAAUUCCAUUACAACAGCAUUUAAUCGAUCAAAUAACUAGUCUUCAAGUUACUAGAAUCUGUGAUACUUCUUGCAAGAAAAGAAUUAAAGCUGUUAUAGAAAUAUCAAAAAGAAAAGCAUUAAAUGAAGUUACGAAUAUUGUUCAAGAAGCUGAUAAUAGCGAAACAAGCUCAAAACAGCAAUGCAAGUGUUUAUUAUGCAAAAAGCCUGGCCAUUAUCAGAAGAAAUGCCCAUUUGUUAAUGUAACUAAUGUAACAAAAUAG